CUUGCACUGGCUCCUUAGUGACUCAUUCUUUUUCAGCAAAGUAACUGGGUAAUUUCUGUUUGAGUGCUAGGAAUAAUGGUGAGGAAGGCAGACCCAGUAGCUCAAAAUAGGGCUUGCCCUCACUGUUUGUGUUGUCUCCAUUCAUUCCUGUUUGAGAAUAGUUAUUUCCCUCAGCCCUCUGGGAAAUGGUAAAGGCAAGGGAGGCAGGAGUGUGCUUUCAGUGUGCCAGCUGUGUGAAACAGGUGCUUCCCAAACCUUGCAUCCAGGCCAGCCAGGAAGCAGUGACCAAGGGUGCACACAGCUCACAGUCUAGGGUUGCAGCUCUCAGGCUCUGUCUGCGCAUUGCUGGGGUGUGAGCAGCUUUAAAUCAUUCCCCUUCUAAUUAAAAACAGUGUUGGUGUAUUGGCUUUUCAGGUACCCAUCUGUAUUGAGCGGAUCUGCCCGUGCCCCUUCGAGGAUCCCUUCCGUCCCUCCCCAUCGGCGUUGUUCGGGGGAUUAAAGCGGCGGCGGCCCCAUACACAAACGCAGCUGGUUCCGUUUGGUCAGCCUGAGCCUUGCUGUGAAACCACGACAAGAAUUCCAGGGAGCGCGCCUUUCUUCUGUAACUAGCGGGAUAGGAAAAAGAUCCCGAGUUCUCUGUGCGGAGCGGCAUCCGAAGCAGAGCAGCCGGCCCGGAGGGAGCUGGAGCAUCCCAGCCCAGAUGGGAGCUCGGCAGCAGACGGGCAGACGAGCAGCAACUGCCUGCAGAGUGCUGCUGUUGCUUGCUGCGUGCAUCUUGCAAGGCAGUUGCCAAGGAUGUGGAGGCGGGCAGUUUCGCUGUGGAAAUGGUCGCUGUAUUCCUGCAGACUGGAGAUGUGAUGGGGCUAGAGAUUGCUCAGAUGAUACAGAUGAAGCUGGUUGUCCUCAACCAACCUGUGAGGGCAGUCAGUUUCAGUGUCAGACUGAUGGUGAAUGUAUCCCACGUUCUUGGGUAUGUGAUGACGAGGAAGAUUGUGAAGAUGGAUCAGAUGAACAUCAACAGUGUCCGGGACGGACAUGCUCAAGCCAGCAGUUCACAUGUUCAAAUGGACAGUGUAUCCCAAGUGCAUACAGGUGUGAUCGAGUAAAGGACUGCACUGAUGGAACAGAUGAAAGAGACUGCCGUUACCCAAGAUGUGAACAGUUAUCCUGUGCAAAUGGAGCAUGUUUUAAUGCCAGCCAACGAUGUGAUGGCAAAGUUGAUUGCAGAGAUACUUCUGAUGAAGCUAAUUGCACACAUGGAUGCACCAGUACACAGUUUCAGUGUGCUAAUGGAGAAUGUAUCCCACAAGCCUUUAUGUGUGACCAUGAUGAUGACUGUGGAGACAGGAGUGAUGAAAACUCUUGCACUUAUGCAACUUGUAGAGGCAACUUCUUCACUUGUCCAAGUGGCCGCUGCAUUCAUCAGAGCUGGAUAUGUGAUGGAGAUGAUGACUGUGAGGAUAAUGAAGAUGAAAGAGGAUGUGAAAGUAAUUAUCAUGAAUGUUACCCAGGAGAGUGGGCCUGCCCUGAGUCAGGACAUUGCAUUCCAAUAGGGAAAGUGUGUGAUGGAACUGCAGACUGCCCCGCAGGAGAAGAUGAAACAAACAUCACGGCAGGCAGACAUUGCAACAUAUCUCACUGUGCUGCUCUGAGCUGUCAGUAUCGCUGUCAUUCUUCUCCUUCAGGAGGGAUGUGUUAUUGCCCUGCGGGAUAUACAAUAAGUAGUAAUGACAGUCGUACUUGUAUUGAUUUUGAUGACUGCAAAAUGUGGGGUGUCUGUGACCAAUUAUGUGAAGAUCGUGUGGGACAUCACCAGUGCCACUGCGUGGAAGGUUAUUUUCUAGAGCAUCAUCGACACUGUAGAGCCAACACUUCAGCUGGUGUUGCAUCAAUUAUUUUUUCCAAUGGCCGUGAUUUACUGAUUGGAGAUCUUCAUGGAAGAAAUUUUCGUACUCUGGUACAGUCGCAGAAUCGUGGAGUUGCAGUUGGUGUAGACUUCCACUUUUACCUGCAUAGGAUCUUUUGGACUGAUACAGUGCAAGAUAAGGUUUUUUCUAUUAAUAUUGAUGGCUCUGAUUUCCAAGAAGUUUUAAACGUUUCGGUUGACACUCCUGAAAAUCUAGCAGUGGAUUGGGUUAACAAUAAACUGUAUGUGGUUGAGACCAGUGUGAACAGAAUAGAUAUGGUUAACUUGGAUGGAACAAACCGUAUCACUCUUAUUGCUGAAAAUCUGGGAAAUCCUAGAGGAAUAGCACUCGAUCCAACUGUUGGUUACUUAUUUUUCUCUGACUGGGAUAGUCUGUCUGGUGAUCCUAAAGUGGAAAGAGCCUUCAUGGAUGGCACAAACCGUCAGGAUUUGAUAAAAACAAAAUUAGGCUGGCCUGCUGGAAUAACUCUGGAUAUUGUAUCAAAAAGGCUAUACUGGGUUGACAGCCGAUUUGAUUACAUUGAGACUGUAACUUAUGAUGGGCUUCAAAGGAGAACAAUAGCUCAUGGAGGCUCGCUGAUUCCUCAUCCAUAUGGAAUUACUUUAUUUGAACACAAUGUUUAUUUCACUGAUUGGACAAAAAUGGCAGUGGUGAAAGCUAAUAAGUUUUCAGAAUCGAACCCCCAAGUGAUCUACCAGUCUUCACUGAGACCAUAUGGAGUGACAGUUUAUCAUGCUGCCAGACAGCCAUACGUGAGAAAUCCUUGUGGAAAUAACAAUGGAGGAUGUGAACAGAUCUGUGUUCUCAGUCACAAAACAGAUAAUGAUGGACUAGGUUAUCGCUGUAGAUGUAUACUGGGCUUUGAUCUACACAUAGAUGGACGGCAUUGUGUUGCUGUGCAGCAGUUUCUGCUAUUUUCAUCCCAGCUAGCAGUGCGGGGAAUCCCAUUCAAUCUUUCUACCCAAGAAGAUGUGAUCAUACCUGUAACAGGAAGCCCUUCAUAUUUUGUUGGAAUUGACUUCUGGGCUCAAGAAGACACCAUUUUUUUUUCAGACACAAGUAGAGACAUGAUCUAUAAACAGAAAACUGAUGGUUCAGGAAGAGAAAUUCUGACAGCUAAUAGAGUGGAAAGUGUUGAAGACUUGGCCUUUGACUGGAUCUCAAAGAAUCUAUACUGGACAGACCCUCGAUACAGAAGCAUAAGUGUAAUGAGGCUUGCAGAUAAAUCUAGAAGAGCUAUUGUUCAGAAUUUAAAUAAUCCUCGAUCAAUAGUGGUUCAUCCUGUCAUUGGGUAUAUAUUCUGGACGGAUUGGUUCCGUCCUGCUAAAAUUAUGAGGGCCUGGAGUGAUGGAUCACAUGGCUUACCAAUUGUGAAUACAACUCUAGGCUGGCCUAAUGGCUUAGCCAUUGACUGGAGUUCUCUAAGACUGUAUUGGGUGGAUGCCUUUUUUGAUAAAAUUGAGCAUAGCACCUUUGAUGGACUGGACAGACGAACUCUUGAACGUAUUGCUCAGAUGACUCAUCCAUUUGGCCUUACUAUUUUUGGAGGCUAUGCCUAUUUCACUGACUGGAGACUUGGUGGGAUAGUUCGAGUGAGAAAGUCUGAUGGAGGAGAAAUGACUAUUAUUAGGAGGGGCAUUAGUAACAUUAUGCAUGUUAAAGCAUAUGAUGCACAUUCCCAAAUAGGCUCUAACUACUGUAACAGAGGAACAAAUCCUAAUGGAGAUUGCAGCCAUUUCUGCUUCCCAGUACCAAAUUUUCAGAGAGUUUGUGGUUGUCCAUAUGGCAUGAAACUGGCUUCAAAUCAACUGACGUGUGUUGAAGAUCCAUCUAAUGAGCCACCAACUUUGCAGUGUGGCUCAUACUCGUUUUCCUGCAACAAUGGAAGAUGUGUGCCUCGAUACUAUCAAUGUGAUGGCAUUGAUGAUUGCCAUGAUAACAGUGAUGAACAAAACUGUGGUUCUUUAAACAAUACUUGUUCCUCAUCAGCUUUCACCUGUGCCAGUGGACAGUGUAUUCCAGGUCGGUGGCGUUGUGAUAAACAUAAUGACUGUUUUGAUGGCAGCGAUGAAUUGCGUUGUCCCACACAAGGACCCACAUCAUGCCCUGAGACCCUGUUUACAUGUGACAAUAAUAGAUGUAUUCCUAGGAUCUGGCUGUGUGAUACUGAUAACGACUGUGGUGAUGGGUCAGAUGAAAAGAAUUGCACUUUCACAGGUACUUGUGAGCCCAGGCAGUUUCAGUGUCCAGACCAUCGCUGUAUUGACCCAUACUAUGUCUGUGAUGGGGACAAAGACUGUGUAGAUGGUGCUGAUGAGCAUGACUGCAUAUACAAUUGCAGUGGCACAGAGUUUAAAUGUGUAAGUGGAGACCAGUGUAUCAGUUCUUACUACAAAUGUGAUGGUGUUUUUGACUGUAAUGAUCACUCAGACGAGACCGAUUGCCCUACAAGACCACCAGGAAUGUGCCACCAGGAUGAAUUCCAGUGCCAAUCAGAUGGCAAUUGUGUUCCUGCUAGCUGGGAAUGUGAUGGCCAUCUUGACUGUGCAGAUGGCUCAGAUGAACAUCACAGAUGUCCUGCCAGGACCUGUCCUCCAUCCCUUUUCCGCUGUGACAAUGGCAACUGUGUCUACCGAGCAUGGAUCUGUGAUGGUGAUAAUGACUGCAGGGAUAUGAGUGAUGAGAGAGAUUGUCCUACGCAACCCUUCCGGUGUCCCAGCUGGCAGUGGCAAUGUCCCGGCCAUAGUAUCUGUGUGAAUCUGAGCAAAGUUUGUGAUAAUUCUGCUGAUUGUCCUAAUGGAGCAGAUGAAUCCCCACUGUGCAAUCAGGAGAGCUGCUCUGAUAAUAAUGCAGGCUGCACUCAUGAAUGUAUUCAAGGACCCUUUGGAGCUCAAUGUACUUGUCCUGUUGGAUACCAGCUGGCAAAUGAUUCUAAGACCUGUGAAGAUAUUAAUGAAUGUGACCCUCCAGGCUUUUGUAGUCAGCACUGUUACAAUGAGAGAGGAUCUUUUCGAUGUUACUGUGAUGAAGGAUACAUUCUGGAAACCAAUGGGAGGAUUUGUAAAGUGGCAGAGUCUGGGAAUCUUCUUUUGCUAGUGGCAAGUCGUAACCAAAUUGUUGUGGACAACAUCACCUCUCAGUCACACAGUAUCUAUUCUCUCAUUAGGGAUGGGAGGAAUAUUGUGGCUAUUGAUUUUGAUUCGAUCUCAGAUCGUAUCUUUUGGUCUGAUACAACACAGGAUAAAAUUUGGAGUGCUUACCAAAAUGGGACUGACCAAAAAAUAGUGUUUGACAGUGGUGUCACCGUGACUGAAAGUAUAGCAGUAGAUUGGGUAGGACGCAAUCUUUACUGGACAGACUUUGUUCUGGAAACAAUUGAAGUCUCUAAAAUGGAUGGGAGCCACAGGACUGUGCUGAUUAGUGAAAAUGUAACAAACCCAAGGGGACUAGUGUUAGAUCCCAGAAUUGAUGCUCAUGUGAUGUUCUGGACUGACUGGGGCCAAAACCCCCGAAUUGAAAGAGCCAGUAUGGAUGGCAAAUUGCGAACAGUGAUUAUUAACAGUAAAAUCUACUGGCCCAAUGGACUCUGCAUUGACUACCCAAAUAAACUUCUUUAUUUUGCUGAUGCUUAUCUUGAUUAUAUUGACUUUUGUGAUUACAAUGGGAACAACAGACAACAGGUGGUUGCAAGUGAUUUGAUUUUGCAACAUCCUCAUGCUCUAACUAUCUUUGAAGAUUUUGUCUACUGGAGUGACCGGUAUACUAACCGAGUAAUUAGGGCCAAUAAAUGGCAUGGAGGAAACCAAACAGUUAUGAUUUAUAACAUUCACCAGCCUUUGGGGCUUGUGGCAGUUCAUCCUGUAAAGCAGCCUUAUGGUAUCAAUUCCUGUGCAUCAUCACCCUGUAGCCACCUCUGCUUGCUUUCAUCAUCUGGACCACUUUUUUUUUCCUGUGCUUGUCCUUCUGGAUGGAUGCUUUCUCCUGACAACAGGAACUGCAUGCGAGUUGAACACCCUUUCCUUAUUGCUGUCAGAGAUAAUAUAAUUUAUGGAAUUUCUCUGAACCCUGAGGAGAAGACCAAUGAUGCUAUGGUUCCAAUAGCAGGAGUUCAAAAUGGUGUUGAUGUUGACUUUGAUGACUCAGAACAGAUGAUCUAUUGGGUUGAAAAUCCAGGUGAAAUUCACAGAGUGAGGUCAGAUGGAUCUAACAGGACGGUUUUUGCUCCAGCAGCUGUUAUUGGUGCUCCUAUUGGCCUAGCAUUGGACUGGAUAUCUGCAAACCUUUAUUAUAGUAACCCAGGAACACAGUCAAUUGAGGUCCUGAAGCUGCACGGUGAAGUAAUGUACAGAAAAACUCUGAUUACCAACGAUGGUACCUCUCUGGGAGCUGGCACACCAAUUGGUUUGACAGUUGAUCCAGCAAGGGGGAAACUGUAUUGGACAGACCAGGGAACUGAUAGUGGAGUUCCAGCAAAGGUUGCCAGUGCAAACAUGGAUGGAUCAGGUAUUCAAACCCUCUUCACUGGCAACCUGGAUCAUGUAGAGUUCAUUACCGUUGAUAUUAAAGAACAAAAGUUGUACUGGGCUGUCACAAGCACAGGAGUGAUUGAGAAAGGCAAUGUGGAUGGUACAAAUCGUGUGACUCUCGUGGUUCAUCUUUCUCAUCCAUGGGGAAUUGCAGUGUAUGAUACCUUUCUAUACUAUACCGAUCGAGAUUAUGAAGUUAUUGAACGAGUUGACAAGUUCACUGGAGCAAACAAAGUAGUACUGAGAGACAAUGUCCCAAGACUGAAGUGUCUACGAGUGUAUUAUAGAGAUAAUUCUGCUGGUUCCUCAAAUGGCUGCAGUAAUAAUAUUGGAGUUUGUCAACAACUUUGCUUACCUGUACCUGGUGGAUUAUUCUCCUGUGCAUGUGCUACUGGCUUUCAGCUAAAUCCUGAUAACAGAACCUGUUCUCCAUACAAUUCAUUUGUAAUUGUUUCUAUGCUUUCUGCAAUUAAAGGAUUUAGUUUAGAGACGUCUGAUCACUCUGAAGCCAUGGUACCUCUAGCAGGAAGAGGACGGAAUGUGCUUCAUGUGGAUGUUCACAUGCCUUCUGGUUUCAUUUACUGGUGUGACUUCAGUAGCACAGUGUCUUCUCAGAAUGCAAUACGUAAAAUUAAACCUGAUGGUUCUUAUUUUAGAAAUGUUGUUACGAAUGGAAUAGGACGAAAUGGAAUCCGUGGCAUUGCAAUUGACUGGGUAGCAGGAAAUCUUUAUUUUACAAAUGCAUUCCUGACAGAGACUUUUGUAGAAGUUUUACGUUUAAACACAACUUAUCGCCGUGUUCUGCUUAAAACUACAAUAGAUAUGCCAAGGCACAUAGUAGUAGAUCCAAAAAACAGAUACUUGUUCUGGGCAGAUUAUGGGCAAAAUCCGAAGAUUGAACGUGCAUUUCUGGACUGCACCAACAGAACAGUUCUGGUAUCUGAGGGCAUUGUCACACCUCGUGGGUUGGCCAUCGAUCACAGCAAUGGCUACAUUUACUGGGUAGAUGAUUCCUUAGACAUGAUUGCAAGAAUUCAACCCGAUGGUGGUGAUGUUGAAAUUGUGCGUUAUGGCAGUCGCUAUCCAACUCCAUAUGGUAUCACCGUCUUUGGGAAUUCAAUGAUCUGGGUGGAUCGGAACCUGAAAAAAGUGUUUCAAGCCAGCAAGGAGCCAGGCAAUACUGAUCAACCAACAGUAAUACGAGACAACAUUAAUUGGCUAAGGGAUGUUACCAUUUAUAAUAGUCAUUUUCAGUCACGUUCACCCCUUGACGUAAACAACAAUCCUUGUUUGGACAGCAACGGAGGCUGUUCCCAUCUGUGUUUUGCCCUGCCUGAAUUGCAUAUACCCAAAUGUGGUUGUGCCUUUGGCACACUGGACAGUGAUGGCAAGAGAUGUACCAUUUCAACAGAUGAUUACUUGAUUUUUGCCCUUGAGAAUGCCCUCAGAAGUAUUCACCUGGAUCCUGAAAAUCACAGUCCUCCCUUCCGUGCAGUCAAUGUGUUAAGAACUGCAGUGGCCUUGGAUUUUGACAGCAUAAACAACCGAAUAUAUUUUACACAAAGUUAUCCUUCAGGUGCUGGAAGAAUCAGUUAUAUCAGUAUUUACUCAGGAAUUGGCACUCCAGUAGUAGUUGCAUCUGACCUGGGAACUCCAGAUGGCAUAGCCUUUGACUGGAUCAACAACAGAGUUUACUACAGUGACUACCUCAACCAGACUAUCAGUUCAAUGGCUGUGGAUGGCUCUAACCGCACCGUGAUUGCCCGGGUCCCACGACCAAGAGCUGUAGUACUAGAUCCCUGCAGAGGCUAUAUGUACUGGACUGACUGGAGCUCCAAUGCAAAGAUAGAACGAGCUACACUUGGAGGAAACUUCAGAACACCUAUUGUAAGCACCAAUCUGGUGUGGCCAAAUGGGCUUACCCUGGACUAUGAAGAACAGCAGCUAUACUGGGCUGAUGCAAAUCUGCAAAAAAUUGAGCGAUGCACUCUAACUGGUACAAACCGUGAGGUAAUUGUUAGUACUGCUCUCCAUCCAUUUGCAAUGACAUUGUUUGAUCAGCAUAUAUAUUGGACAGAUUGGAACACACGAAGCAUUUACCGAGCUAAUAAAUAUGAUGGUUCAGAUCAAAUUGUAAUGAUCAUGAAUCUUCCACAAAGACCAAUGGAUAUUCAUGUCUGGGCAAAAAGUAAGCAGCAGCAGUGUACCAACCCUUGUAACCAGUUCAAUGGUGGUUGCAGUCACAUUUGUGCACCAGGUCCAGCUGGUGCAGAGUGUCAGUGUCCAUCUGAAGGUCGCUGGUAUUUAGCCAAUAAUAAUAAGCACUGCAUUGUGGAUAAUGGUACCAGGUGUGACACUGGUUUCUUCACCUGCCUGAAUGGACACUGCAUCUCAGAGCGAUGGAAAUGCGACAAUGACAAUGACUGUGGUGAUGGAAGUGAUGAGUUGGAGAGUGUGUGUGCUUUCCAUACUUGUCAGCCAACAGCUUUUACCUGUGGUAAUGGGCGAUGUGUGCCUUAUCAUUACCGCUGCGAUCACUACAAUGACUGUGGAGACAACAGCGAUGAGGCUGGCUGUUUAUUCCGAACUUGUGACUCCCACACAGAAUUUACUUGCAAUAAUGGAAGAUGUAUAUCUCUUCAAUACGUCUGCAAUGGAGUAAAUAAUUGUUACGAUAAUGGCACAUCAGAUGAGAGAAAUUGCCCGGAACGGACUUGCCAGUCUGGUUUUACCAAAUGCCAAAGCACAAACAUCUGCAUUCCUCGAACUUAUUUGUGUGAUGGUGACAAUGACUGUGGAGAUAUGAGUGAUGAGAGCCCUACUCACUGUGUCUCAAUGACUUGCACAAACAAUGAGUUUCGUUGUACAUCGGGACGCUGUAUUCCUGCUCAUUGGUACUGUGAUCAAGGAAUAGACUGUGCUGAUGGCUCUGAUGAACCUGCCUCUUGUGAGCCUCACCUGCGGACUUGUUCAAGUGACCAAUUCAGAUGUGAUGAUGGCAGAUGUAUCCCAGCAACAUGGAUCUGCGAUGGUGAUAAUGACUGUGGGGAUAUGAGCGAUGAGGAUCAAAGACACAGUUGUGCAAACCGCAGCUGCACAGCUGCAGAGUUCACAUGUGCCAACAAUCGCCCCCCGCUCAGGAGGUGCAUUCCUCGGGCAUGGAUCUGUGACGGUGACGCUGACUGCAGUGAUGCACUUGAUGAACACCAGAACUGCACACGAAGAUCUUGCACGGAGAAUGAGUUUACUUGUAGUAAUGGCUUGUGUAUCCGAAGCGCAUACAGGUGUGACAGACGGAAUGACUGUGGUGAUGCCAGCGAUGAAAGGGGUUGCAUCUAUGAGCCAUGUCAGCAGCACCAGUUUACUUGUCAAAAUGGACGUUGCAUUGCCAAGGCCUACAUUUGUGAUGGAGAUAAUGAUUGUGGUGAUGAGUCUGAUGAGCUGGAACACCUCUGUAGUACACCAGAAGCAACGUGCUCUCCCCAUCAUUUUAAAUGUGACAAUGGAAACUGCAUUGAAAUGGCUAAAGUCUGCAAUCGGUUGGAUGAUUGCUUAGAUAAUAGUGAUGAAAAAGGAUGUGGAAUAAAUGAAUGCAGUGACCCUUCAAUCAGUGGAUGUGAUCAUGACUGCACGGACACCCAAACAAGUUUCUACUGUUCUUGUCAUCCUGGAUACAAACUUAUGUCAGAUAAACGAACUUGUGAUGAUAUUGAUGAGUGCAAUGAAACUCCAUCAGUAUGUAGCCAGAUUUGUGAGAACACAGCUGGCUCCUACAUCUGUAAGUGUGCCCCAGGCUAUAUCCGGGAGCCUGAUGGAAAAAGUUGCCGACACAAUAGUAAUAUCUCCCCAUACCUUAUUUUUAGCAACCGUUACUAUCUGAGAAAUCUCACAGCAGAUGGCCAGUCUUACUCUCUCAUUUUACAAGGACUGAGAAAUGUGGUGGCACUGGACUUUGACAGGGUGGAAAAAAGGUUGUACUGGAUUGAUGUGGGGAGGAAGGUCAUUGAACGAAUGUUCCUAAAUGGAACAAAUAAGGAGGCUGUGAUAAGUGACGAUGUGCCGAAUGGGGAAGGUAUCGCUGUUGACUGGGUUGGCAGAAAAUUGUACUGGGUGGAUGCCUACAAAGAUUGCCUCUAUGUCUCUGAACUUGAUGGAAGAUUCCAGAAAAAACUGGUAGAUCGAUGUGUGGAUAUCAACAACACUUACUGCUUUCAGCAUCCCAGAGCAAUUGUUGUUCAUCCAAAAUAUGGACAGGUUUACUGGACGGACUGGGCAGAUCGAGCCUAUAUUGGACGAGCAGGCAUGGAUGGCAAGGACAAGACGGUGAUUAUCUCUACAAAGUUAGAGUGGCCCAAUGGACUUACCAUAGAUUACACCAACGACAAGCUCUACUGGGCAGAUGCCCAUCUAAAUUACAUUGAGUACUCUGACCUAGAUGGACAUCAUCGUCAUACCGUAUAUGAUGGGACAUUGCCUCACCCAUUUGCAAUAACCAUUUUUGAAGACACGAUAUAUUGGACUGAUUGGAACACAAGAACUGUUGAAAAGGGAAAUAAAUAUGAUGGAUCAGACAGGACUGUUCUUGUGAACACCACGCAUAGGCCAUUUGACAUCCAUGUUUACCAUCCAUACAGACAACCUUUUGUUAAUAAUCCUUGUGGCACCAACAAUGGUGGUUGUUCCCAUCUGUGUCUGAUAAAAGCUGGUGGUCAGGGUUAUUCCUGUGAAUGUCCCGAUAACUUCAUGAUUGUACAGUUUGGCAGUACAGCACACUGCCUUCCAACGUGCUCCAGCACCCAGUUCCUCUGUGCGGACACGGAGAGGUGCAUUCCUAUCUGGUGGAAAUGUGAUGGACAGAGGGACUGUCGAGAUGGCUCUGAUGAGCCCCCUACCUGUCCACACCGAUAUUGCCCUGUUGGUCAAUUCCAGUGUAAUGAUGGGAACUGCACAAGCCCACAUUUCUUAUGUAAUACUCAGUCAGAUUGCCAUGACAGAUCAGAUGAAGAUCCUGUACUUUGUGCUAAUCAUCAGUGUGAAACUCAUCAGUGGCAAUGUGCCAAUAAACGAUGUAUCCCAGAAGCCUGGCAGUGUGAUAGAGAGGAUGACUGUGGUGACAACUCGGAUGAAGAUAUUACUCACUGUGCAAGCAGGACCUGUCCCCCAGGCCAAUUUAAAUGUGACAAUGGCCGCUGCAUCCCAGAGUCCUGGAAGUGUGAUGUGGAUGAUGAUUGUGGCGAUAACUCUGAUGAACCAUUCCAUGAAUGCAUGGGCCCUGCUUACCGUUGCGACAACCACACACAAUUCAGCUGUAGAACCAGCUACCGGUGUGUACCGCUGUGGGCAGUGUGCAAUGGGAAUGAUGACUGCAGAGACAACAGCGAUGAGCAAGGCUGUGAGGAGAUGACUUGCAGUCCUUCUGGAGAUUUCCGUUGUGACAAUCAUCGGUGUAUCCCACUGCGCUGGAAGUGUGAUGGAGAUAAUGACUGUGGAGAUCAGUCUGAUGAGCACAACUGCAGUCCCCGUGAAUGCACAGAAAGUGAAUACCGUUGUGACAAUCUGCGCUGCAUUCCUUCCCGCUGGGUCUGUGAUCACGAUGAUGACUGUGAAGACAAUUCAGAUGAACGCGAUUGUGAGCUGAGGACCUGCCACCCAGGUUAUUUCCAGUGUAAUAGUGGGCACUGUGUUGCAGAGCGCUUCAGAUGUGAUGGAAAUGCGGACUGCCUUGAUUUCUCUGAUGAAAUAACUUGUCCAACACGGUAUCCUAAUGGUACAUACUGUCCACCCAUGAUGUUUGAAUGUAAAAACCAUGUCUGUAUCCAGCCAUACUGGAAAUGCGAUGGUGAUAAUGACUGUGGAGAUGACUCUGAUGAAGAACUUCACCUUUGCUUGGAUAUUGCUUGUGAAUCUCCAUUCCGUUUCCGAUGUGAAAACAAUCGCUGUAUAUAUAGUCAUGAGCUGUGCAACCAGGAGGAUGACUGUGGGGAUGGAAGUGAUGAGAAGGAGGAACAUUGUAGAGAACCAACUCCAAGACCCUGUACAACUGAAGAAUUCAAGUGUAGUAAUGGAAAUUGUAUUCCUCUACAUUAUGUCUGUGACAAUUAUGAUGACUGUGGAGACCAUUUUGAUGAAAUGGGCUGCAAUCCUGGAACAGAACGAACUUGUGCAGAAAAUAUCUGUGAACAUAACUGUACCAACUUGAGUGAAGGAGGCUUUAUCUGUUCUUGUAGGCCAGGUUACAAGGCCAGUGAAAAUAACCGAAACUCCUGUGAUGAUAUCAAUGAAUGUGAGAUCUUUGGAACGUGCACCCAGGACUGCAGAAAUUCCAAAGGAAGCUAUGAAUGUUUUUGUGCAGAUGGCUUCAAGUCAGUAGGUGAUCAGCAAGGGAAACAGUGUGCAGCUAAUGGUAAUCCUCCAUUGUUGCUGCUGCCAGAUAAUGUGCGCAUUCGAAGAUACAAUAUCUCUUCAGAACAGUACUCUGACUAUAUUGAUAACCAGGAGCGCAUCCAAGCUCUGGAUUAUGAUUGGGACCCUGAAGGGAUAGGCCUAAGUGUUGUAUACUUCAGCAUUCUGGCACAGGGUUCUCAGUUUGGAGCCAUCAAACGUGCUUAUCUGCCCACCUUUGACAGCAGUAGAAACAAUCCUACCAAAGAAGUUGACUUGAAUCUCAGAUACAUAGUUAAUCCUGAUGGCUUAGCUGUUGACUGGGUUGGAAGACAUCUUUACUGGACUGAUGCAGGGACCAAUCGAAUAGAGGUGGCAAAAUUAGAUGGACGGUACAGAAAAUGGCUUAUUUUUUCUCUACUGGAUCAACCAGCAGCUAUUGCUGUCAAUCCAAAACGUGGGCUCAUGUACUGGACUGACUGGGGAAGGCAGCCCAAGAUUGAAUGUGCCUGGAUGGAUGGACAACAAAGACAAACUUUGGUCUCUGAAGACCUUGGCUGGCCAACAGGUCUUUCUAUUGAUUAUUUGAACAAUGACAGGAUCUAUUGGAGUGACUCCAAAGAAAAUAUUAUUGAAUCUAUGAGACAUGACGGGACAGACAGAACCAUAGUAUUACACGGAGAAGUAGGCAGUCCAUACAGCCUUGAUGUAUUUGAAGGCCAUUUAUAUUGGAUAGCUAAAGAACGAGGAGAAGUCUGGAAAAAAGAUAAAUUUGGAAAUGGAGAAAAAGUAAAAGUUCUGACUGUAAAUCCAUGGCUUACUCAAGUGCGCAUCUAUCACCAGCAUAGAUACAAUCAGUCAGUGCCUAAUCCUUGUAAAGAUGUCUGCAGCCAUCUCUGCUUGUUGAGACCAGGAGGAUACACCUGUGCUUGUCCUCAAGGGACUCGGUUUGUAGAAGGCAGCAGCACAGAGUGUGAUGCGGCUAUUGAAUCCCCUCCCACAAUGCCACCAGCGUGCAGGUGCAUGUAUGGAGGAACGUGCUAUAUAGAUGAAAGUGGUCUUCCAAAAUGCAAAUGCUCUUAUGGCUACACUGGAGAUUACUGUGAAAUAGGAUUGUCAAAAGGAGUUCCUCCUGGAACAACAGCAGUAGCAGUGCUGUUGACAGUCAUACUAAUCAUAAUAAUUGGAGUGUUAGCAGUUGGAGGCUUCUUUAACUACAGACGGACAGGCAACAUUUUACCAGCACUUCCCAAACUACCAAGCUUAAGCAGUCUUGUAAAAUCAGCUGAAAAUGGUAAUGGGGUAACUUUCCGAUCCGGUGCAGAUGUAAACAUGGACAUAGGAAGUUCUGUUUUUGAAGGAGACUCUGCUAUAGACAGAGCAAUGCAAAUGAAUGAAAACUUUGCAGUAGAGUCAGGGAAACAGCCAAUCACAUUUGAAAAUCCAAUGUAUGCAACCAGAGAUAGUGGAGCUGGUGGAACCAGUGAAGUUACAGUCAUUCAACCAACACAGGUUACAGGAGCUGGUAAUGUGGAAAAUGAAAAUUUUGAAAAUCCUGUGUAUGCCUCUGCAGUAUCUGCUAGGCCUAAAGAACCGCCUCCAAAUACAGACACACCUCAGGAAUCAAAGUGGAGUUUCUUCAAGAGAAAAAUGAAACAAAACACUAAUUUUGAAAACCCAAUAUACGCGGAGAUGGAGAAGGAACAGCAACAGGACACAGAAAAUGUCCCUCCUUCCUCUCCUUCACUGCCUCCCAAGAUUACUCUGAAGAGAGACCAGCCAUUAGCUUAUACAGCAACAGAGGAUACAUUUAAAGACACCGCCAAUCUUGUUAAGGAGGACUCUGUUGUAUAAGUAGGUAAACUGAUGUAGGGAAAAUGAGACACAUCCAUUUGCACAUAUAUUUUUUAUAAACAGAAGAGUAAGGUUCACAUUCAAAUGCUUUAUAAAAAUAUAUACAUCUUUUAGUCAGCGGCUGGAGAUGUAUGUUGAAACUAUGCCUUGUUUUUUGACAAAUGCCAAUUACUAUUUUUAUGAACAAGUAUCAUGGUGUACUAUAUGUAUAUCUUUGCACUGAACCUGUCUGAAAGUAAUGUUAUAAAUAUGUUGUAAAUUUGUAAAUUUUUCAAAGAUUAUCUUGUUUUUUUGCUAGUAGAAAUCUGUAUGGAAUUGGUUGCAUAAAGAUGGGGUAAAUUCAUUAAGUAAGGGCUUAAGCUAAAAAUACCAACAAGGUGAGUAUAGGUGAGUUACUGAUUUACAGGAUCUUUUGCAUGUAUAUUUAUAACAGUACCUUUUAAAACUUCUACUGGUGCUCUGGGCAUCCUUACCACCAUUUUUUAUCAUCUGCUGGAUGUAGAAAUGAGUCUCUCUGUUUAUCUUGUGUUAAGCAAAAGUCAAUGCAGCAUCAUGAUGCUGAAUAGCUAUCUGUGCAGAUUGUUGUUCUUAUGUUUUAACUGCCUGGAAUAAAACAGUCCAUUAGACAUACUUUUCCACUAGGAUCCAAUUAAAACCACUCAAUUAAUAGCGUUCUUUAAAAGAUUUGAUAUAUUUAGAUUUUAGUGUCACGAGUGCUUAAUUUAAUGAGAUUCUCUCCUGUACAUCAGUGGAAUAGCUCUGUUCUUAGCUGGAGUCUCUGGAAGUUAUUUGUACUAUUAAAUGAAGUAGCUAGAUUUCUGUAAAAGCUUAUUUCUAAACAGCAAAAUACAAAAGAUACUGCUUCAUUUAAGAAAUUAUUCAGGUUUUUUAAUGUGAAAAUUUAAUUUUAUUGACUAUUUAUUUCCAGAGGUGGACAUUAAUAGAAAGGGAAACAAUUUCUACUAAUGCAGUCUUUGUAGUUAAUCUGCUUAUUUUCAUAACCUUCUAUCAGCAUAUACUGUAUGUCUUACCAGUUUUUCUAUUAAUUAGCCAAGGUAGUUUCCAUAGUGUGAACAGUUUGAGGUAACUUUGAGUACCACUACAGGAACAUGUAGCAUUUCUAACUAGUUACUCAUAUAAUUUAAAAAUUCCUAAAUUAAAAUCAUUGAGACUUCUACUAUUUGAUUGUUUUAUGUCUAAGUUCUCAAAACGUAUACUAUCUCUAAUUAGAAUGCUUCUAAUUAUUUUGUAAUGUACUUUCAUUAGAAAAGACUACUGGAAAAUAAUGCUGCUGAAUAAAUUUAAUAAAUGUAUUUUAUCAUA